GCUAAAUGUGUAGCUUGUGAAUGCACCUAUGGUGAAAUUUGGCGUAAAUUCUUCAGAAUAUUAAAAUAGUACGUAAAAUUAGCUACACAUCUUCGCAGUGGGGGGAAACGACCGAGUAAAACAAGGUUAAUAAACAAACAGAUGUGUAACAUUUGAGCCUCGCUGGGAUAGGCAAAUAAUGGAAAUGAGUAAGUGGUUAUUUCAAAACUAAAAUCCCGACUGUCCCCAUUCUCCGGUCUUUACUUUUCCCGGGACUCUGCGACUAGACACUCCGCUAGCAAGUAUAGUAGCGCGCGCUAGUUAGCCCGUCAGCGAAGUCACACAAUAUCUGCUAACUUCGUGCGCGCUGAGAAAAUGGUCUUAUGCAAGGUUGCAUGGCACCCCAUUUUAGUGUGCGCUUGAACUAAGGACAUUGACUUUCAGGCAUCUAUUUUUUGCUGUAUGCAAAGAAGGGGGAAGCAGCGCAUUAGUUUCUCUUUGGCAACGUGCAUAGUGGUUUGGCAGCCCUGUUGAGGGCCCAGGGAUGUACUCACGCAAUUCACUAUGGAGUUAUGUCAGAUGUGUGUUCAUGUCUUUGAUGAAAAAGCAAUACGUUUCUUGAACCAUGAAAACCACUUCUGUGUGGAGUAAAUGCCAAUUAAUGAUUGUCAUAGACAAUCCCUCUCUGUGCCCCAGUGUACCUGUUAAAUCCUCUGGAGAACCUGAGGAGCUACAUCAAUAAUCGUCCGCCACUGGUCAUCUUUAUGGUCAGCGUCAGCGCCGUGGCCAUCGCCUUCCUCACCAUCGGCUACUUCUUCAAAAUCAAGGAGAUCAAAUCCCCAGAGAUGACUGAGGACUGGAACAUCUUCCUUCUGCGCUUCAACGAGAUUGACUUCUGCGUAUCAGAGAAUGAGACGCUUAAGCACAGCCUGAACGAGUCAACCACGCCCGAAAGCACGGUGACCAGCGGCCAGGCGCGCUCCAGCACCCAGGCCCCGCUGCUUCUGGAGGACCCGGGCCCGAUCAAUAUCUCUGUGCCCAUCACCCUUACCCUGGACCCCUUGAGGCCCUUCGGGGGCUACUCACGUAACAUCACCCACCUCUACGCCACCGUGCUGGUGGGACAGGUCGGCCUGGCCGGCAGGGAUGCCCACGAGGAGAUGAACAUCACCUUCACACUGCCAGCGUCAUGGAAUUCUGAUGAGUGCGUGCUGCACGGCCACUGUGAACAAGUGGUGUUUAGCACUUGUAUGACCAUCACUGCUGCCAGCAACGUCUUCCCUGUCACAGUGCAACCGCCCCACUGUGUCCCAGAGACCUACACCAACGCCACGUCCUGGUACAAGAUCUUCACCACGGCCCGUGACUCGGACACCAAGUACACGCAGGACUACAACCCUUUCUGGUGUUACAAAGGAGCCAUCGGGAAGGUGUACCACACCCUCAACCCCAAGCUGACCGUCAUCGUGCCAGACGACGACCGCUCACUCAUCAACCUGCACCUAAUGCACACCAGCUACUUCCUCUUUGUGAUGGUCAUCACCAUGUUCUGUUAUGCUGUCAUCAAGGGCCGGCCAGGGAAAGUACGGACAACCACCAACCCUGACUUUUGCGCUGAAAAGGUGGCCUUGUCAGAGGGGUAAGAAGAACUCUAGGAUCGCCAUCAGAACUGAAAUAUAACCGAGGAUGAAGUAAAAUAAAAAAAGACCAGUUGCCUACUGAACCCUGAAAAUAAUACUGGGCUGUACAGCUCUGUGAAUGCAUUUUUCUGCAAUGUUGGAUCACUCCAACCAAAGACAUAUAAGUGCCUGUAUCUACUGUGUAAAUAUUUGUAGGAACUCUUGAAUUCAGUACAGAAACAGUUUGCCUGAGCCCCCCCGUGCCAUUGGUGACAAAAUUCCAAAAUGCAAUAUCAGCAAAGCUAGAAGUCCUAAUGCAAAAUUGACUGAAUGGGAACUGCACUUCCACAUUGUCACCAGUCUUUGUCCCAUUUUCGUCACACAUUUGACCCUCACAUAAUCCAGUCCGGGUAAUACAAGUUCCUGCGUCUCUUCAUGUGUGUAUGGUGAAAAGUUUUUGGUUUCCUCGUGACAACGGGCCUUUGUCACACUGAAAUAAGAUUUUGCUGCCUUCUCUUCCACUUCAGUUUCUUCAUCAUUCACUUGUGUAUUCUUGAGUGGUUUAUCCUUGCUUGCAUUCUGAAAGUCCUGCAAUUGUGUGUGUGGGAGGCCGGCUUACCCGCCUCAGGAGUGUUUUAGGCCACAAGCCUUUUAUAGCACCUGGAAGUUAAAUUUUAACUGACAAGAGGCCUGGCUAUGUCAAGUGGACUUCUAGAAAGAUUGGUAGCAACAAAAUGUCAACCUCCAUCUCCUAUGUUCUUCCAAUAAGCUUGUUGCUUUAAAUCAAGUGUUGUGAUACUUCUGACAUCUAAGCUUGUCAUGCAUAGCAGAAAGAACGCUCUUUUUCCUUGAAUUUAGUGUAUGCUGACGACUGGUAUGCCCUUGAGUAAUUGAAUGUUGGAAUGCACGUUAAUAAUUUUUUGUGCUCUAUUUUAAGCACUUUUUUUAAUGUGGGUUCUGGUAAUGGAGAAGUGUGUAAUUGUGGAAUGAUUUACUGUAUAUGACAAAGCUCUUCACUGGCAACGAUUAAUCCAUUUUGAUUCACCUCUGUUUUUUAAAAUUAUUUCAAUUUGUUCCGUUAUUGAUAUACAGUACUUAAUGAAUGUAAAAGGUACACAAUCAAUUUACAGCAGCGAUCCAACAUUACAACUAUGAUAACUAAAUGUAAAAAAAUGUAUUCCAAACAAUUUGGAAUGUGAUGUACCUUUUUGAUUAGAUUUUAGUUUUGUCAAUGAGCCUUUACCCCAAACUUUAAUUUCCAGUUUUGUUUUGACAGAACAGUAUUUUCAUUAUAUUGUUGUUUUUCUUGUUGCAAUUACUUUAUUUAAAUUGCAUAUUUUUCAUCUGUCAGUUUCUCAAACAUGUCAGUAUGAUCCUAGCUUUUAUUUGCAGAUGAUUUAAUUGAUCCCUUAUCAUUUUUAGAAUUGGUUUUCGGAUUUCAUUUGAAAUGGGUUUUAAGGGUGCUGUCAUAUCAACUUGGUUUUCCUGCAGUAGCUAACCGAGUGUGGCAUACAAUACAUGCUCCCCCUCCAUAGAACUGCAUUAAUUCCACUGAUAUCUCCUCUCUUGUUAUUUCAGAAGUUCAUGUUAAGGUUAAAACUAGUGCUUUCAGUCAGAGCUGAAUAUAUUACAUUGUAGUGUGUCAUUUCAUAAGUACAUAGUAAAGACUGUGUCCUGGGUUGAUGGGUGACAAACAAAGCAUUGUGUUGUCAGCCCAGCAACCAUUCAUUGUAAUUCCUAUGAUUUUGUCCUUUUCUUCCCUGUGAGAAAUGCCUGCCCAUUUGAAAGAUUGCCUUAAUAUUACUUUGUUGUUUUUGUCCUCGAAGUAGAUGGCUGUAGGUCUGUCUGUUUUGCUUUCAGUUCAUGCUCAUCAUCCCGUCAUUCAGAAUUAUCUCCAUAGGCAUCACAUCAGGCUUAGCUUGCUAAAGGUGUCCCUGGGUUUUGUCACACCCUAUAUGUAGAAUAGUUGACUAUACGAUCACCAACAUUUUGUAUUAUGGUACAGGAGGUAUGAAUUUGGUAGACAUGAAUUUGACCUUACUCUCACAGCACAGGAUAUUAGUUAUGUGUUCUCACCCGGACCUUAAAUGUUACGACAUCCAUCCCCCAAUACUGAGCAUGGCAACCAGUUGACCUUGUUUUCCUUCAUUUCUUAUAGCAGCCAUUGUGCCUUUUGCACUAACCUGCUGCACCAUCCCAGUAAAUAGCUCCUCUGUUUAAAUGUGAAUACAAGGGGUCAAAGGUAACGAUGACCAAAACUUUUCUCCAGUGCAACUGUAAAUUAUUUGAGUUGAAAUAAACUUGUCAUCUGUUGAAGAUA